AUGAACCGCAUUUUCCGCUCCACCACUACACGCCCCCGCCAUAUACAGCCACUGUCGUCAUUUCUUACUCCUCAUGCUCAUCGCUCACUCGCAACGACCACUUCAUCGCCCCCACUGCCACUGUCGCCGUCGCAACGUGGUGCGCUAUGGUACGCCCGCCUCGGUAUAGUGUUCGUCGCUCAUGGCUUGUUCUGGAGUUUCCUGGGGACGUACAUCGUCGACCAGACGGUCCCGUUCGCGAAAGGUUUCAAAUCCAGCUCGGUUACGGAUUCCGAUGACACAACGGUGUUCGAGCGUGCUGCCGAUAAUAACAGGAUUGUCAAGAGUCUGCGAGGCAAUCCGGACUACGAGGAGGUGAGGCCAUGGGGCUCGUUGACUGACGAACAGAGGAAGACGAAUUUGACCACGGGUCUUCUUGCUGGGAAUGGAAAGAUCCAGUAUAAUCGUGUGUGGAUGAACAAGAAUGAUGGGAGCACUGUACUUGUGCUUGGUCUGGGACGGAAGCUUACGGGCUAUCCGGAGACUAUUCACGGUGGUCUCAUAGCUACGAUAACAGAUGAAGCACUUGGAAGAACAGCACUAAACGUCCUCCCAACCCGCAAUGUUGUAACCGCAAAACUAACAUUAACCUACAAACGCCCGGCCAUAGCCCAGCGCCCAUCCGAACUCCGACCAGGUCCUAGGGAAUUCAUGGUCCUCAGGACCCGGGUUGUUGAGUACACAGACCGCAAAGCGAUUGUUCAGGGAAGAAUGGAAGAUGGAGAGGGUCGGACGCUUGUGGAGAGCGAUGCUGUUUUUGUGGUACCAAAGGUGUGGAAAUUGGCAGAGUUACCGAGAGAGGUCUAGGUCCCACCGAUGUAUCUUCAGCCGGUAGAAGCAUAGAGGCCGAUAAGAUGUUGAGUGAUUGGUCUAGCUCCACGAGUGCAGAUGAUAUUGGUGUUAUGUAUGGUACUGUGAGGUUCAUUGACAACUGCAGUUUAA